UAAAGAAAAGAUAAGAAAAUAGAACUUUCCUUAUAUGGACUAUUUCCGCCCCGAGGAAAUCUCGUGUGACUUUUUCAUAUCGCGGAAAUUGGAUGAUAGCAGGACGGCUAGCACCGAGCUAAGAGUUAACGGACAGAGAAUCGGAGCUAAACACGGCAAAAUGAGCUCCGCCGCAGCUGUUCGCUGAGUUUACAGCCGGUCGGCAGCUGCUGUCAUUGCGACAUGGAUUCAGAUAAACCGACUCGGUCGCCAGUAGAGGACGGGGAGCUUGAAGACGGAGAGAUCUGCGAUGACGAAAUCGAGGUCCGUGUGCCGAUGCGGCGGGGGGAAGGGUGCAGGCCCCGCGGCCGCGGUCGUCCGCGUACUCGAAAACCGCACCAACAUCCGCUCCACAUGCGGCCUCCCCCGGCUCACCAUCUCCCCGAGUUCCAUCACCGGAUGCCUUACAAUCCCGGACCCCACGUACACGGCCCUUUUCCUCCUAGCCACAGGCAGCAGUGCGGGCCUAGCGGGCCUGACCGGCCUUCUGCUCCGUCAGGUCCGCCGGCGAUGCCUCCUCCGGGACUGGGUCUGCUCAGCGAACCGACUCCCCGGUCUAACUUCUGGGAGCGUAGCCACGGCACCCUGGGCAGGUUCAGGCACCGCUCCGUGCCGAACGGCGGGCGUGGAGGCUGGAACCGAGGCAGUUUGGGAGUGAACAGCAGGGUUGCUCCCGGUCGGUACGGGCCCGGGGAAAGUCACAUAUCCCCCUCCAGAAAACAGAAGCAGCUGGGGAGGAAUCGGGUCAGAAAAGUGGUUCCGGGCAUUUCCAGGCCGGACAGUGCUGUUGAUGAGAGCUUCGAGGACCUGCUGUCAAAGUACAAGCAGAUCCAGCUGGAGCUGGAAUGCAUCCGCAAAGAGGAGACCAUGGCCCUGGAUUCAGGAGCUUCUCCCAUUGGGGAGGACGUCUUGAACAGCACCCCUGGUCCUCCAGAGGCCAAGCUGGGUCCAGAACCGGUUCCAGAUCAAGUAACAGUAGAGGAGCUGUCGGAGCAGGAGGAGGAGAAGAAAGUUUUCCAGGCAUUUAACAUCAAACCGCUUCGUCAGAAACUUCCCACACCAGCAGACCUGGACGAGCUGCACCGGAAAUGGGUUGGACAGGACGUAGGAGGCGGGGCUGAUGAAACAGGAAGCAUAGAGGAAGCAGGGGGAGAUGCUGCUGCAGACACGGAGGCGACCGACACUCAGGAGGAGAAAGCUCCCAAUGCAGCUUCCUGCCUCAGUGAAUCUUCUGCCUCCAGUGAGGAGUCCAACGUGUCACCUGACAAGCCGGUGGAGAAGGUGGAGGAGGAGGAGCUGUCGGAGCUGCAGCUGCGUCUUCUUGCCCUGCAGUCAGCCAGUAAAAAAUGGCAGCAGAAGGAGCAGCAGGUGAUGAAGAGGAGCAAAGACCGGAUCCUCAAAUCUGCCCAGGAAAAGAGCUCCAGCUCAGCCUCUGGUUCUGGUUCUGGAGCAGUUGCACUCGGCCGGCAGAGAAUCACCACCAGGUCUGCCUCUUUUGCUGCUGCAGCUGCUGCAGAGAAAAGCAGGACCAGGGCCAAACCGGUGGACAGGGACCGGGACAGGACCAAGACCGGGUCCAGCCCUGCUGAAAAAGAGAGACUUUCGGAGAGAGACCGAUCCAAACAGAGUCCCAAACUCGGUCCAAAGGCUGUGCUGGAGAAGGUCCGGACUCUAGGAAAACCCCACACCACGAAGAAGCUCCUCAGUCCAGGUGAGCAGCGAUUCUCGGAGGGAGGAGCUGAACCUGCCAAGGAGGCCGAGGACAGAACCAAGAGCGGGCCCAGACCUGAGAGAGACAGACCCACACAGAGUCCUAAACCUGGUUCCAAAGGGACACUGGAGAGGGGCCGCACUCCAGGAAGACCUCCAACCACCAAGAAGCUCAUCAGUCCAAACUCCACAUCAAAGCAGGCCGUCCGGAAGCAGCAGCUGCGUACCUGGAAGAUGCAGCAGCAGAGAAAGCAGGAGGAGAAACGCCGCCAGGAGGAAGAGGAGAGGCGCAAACGGGAGGACGAGAUCCGGCGUAUUCGGGACCUGUCCAACCAGGACGAGCAGUAUAACCGCUUCAUGAAGCUGGUGGGGGGGAAGAGGACACGCAGCAAGUCCAGGGACCAGGACCACAGAAAGUCUGUUGGUAAACCGAGCCUGGAUGCCUCGGGAAACAUGUACCAAUAUGACAACUACGAUGAGGUUGCCAUGGACACUGACAGCGAGACUAGUUCACCAGUGCCGUCACCGACCCGCAACAUGCUGUCAGCCGACGAGUCUGGAUGUUUCCUUCCACCGUGCCUGCACAGCACAGAGGGUGCAGCAUUUAGAAUGGAUAUCUCGCAGCCAUUCCUCCCUCCUUUGCAGUCUGGUGUUCCUCCACCACCUCCCCCUCUCCCCCCACCACCUGAUGAACUGGAGCCACCCCCCAAACCGCCUUUUGCUGAUGAAGAGGAGGAGGAGGAGAUGCUGCUCAGGGAGACCUGCCUGAUGUCAAUGGCCAACAAGAGGGUGGUGACCACCGAGAAGUGCUCCAGUGGUCCUCCAUCUCCGAGCUGCCCACCUCCUGCUGACGUUCAGCUUCCGCCUCGAGGCAACCUGAGCACCGUCAGCCUGAACUCGGUUCCUCAGUCACGGAGCAGCAGGUUCACCAGAACUCACCACGCUGGCCGGACUCCGCUGGUGCUUCCAAGACACAAAUCUGUGGUGGUCUCGCUGAACGACUCGGAUGACAGCGACUCGGACCUGGACUCCUGCAGCUCCUCCCAGACUGUGUUCGGAGGUCUAGAGUUUAUGAUCAAAGAGGCCCGCAGGACCGUGGAGGCAGCGAAGCCCAAAGCAUCAUCGGGAUGUGAGAAGGAGAACAACCCGGUCAGAACUCCAGAAGCUCUACCUGAAGACAAACGGGUCGAGUACCGUAUGCUGAAGGAGGAAAUCGCCAGCAGGGAGAAGCAGAGGAUGCUGAAAGACCACAUUCUAAAUCCUGCUGGACCUGAACCAGUUCUGAAUCAAUCACUGAAACCAACCUUAGAAGUGAAGCUGAGCGAGGUGGAGCAGAGACUCAGUAAGCACAGAGAGCUGCUGCAGAGGGACGAGGCCGUCCUCAGACACCUGCUGCAGCAGGAGCUGAAAAAAACAGAGUCUCUGAAGGCCACUGAGGACAAAGUGUCCAAACUGAGGGAGCAGCUGCAGGCGUCGGAGAAGAUCGUGGUGGCCAACAGGACGUUGCUAAAGAAACUGCAGGAGCAGGUGCAGCGGGUGGAGCAGCGGGUGUCCCUGAAGAAAACCGUGGCUGUGCGUCUGGAACAGGAGCUGGUUCAGGCCCAGCUGGCUGCUGGCAGAAGACCCAAGCGCCUCACAGACUCCAGCCAGACCAUGCCCCGCAAGCUGCAGCGUUUGGACCCGGCUCCUCGUGGUUCUGAGCGAAACUUUGCUGAGCUGAUUGCUCAGAAGCGCCGGCUGCAGCAGUUGGAGUCCGAGUACGCCCUGAAGAUCCAGAAGCUGAAGGAAGCUCAGGCCCUGCGCAACAAAGGAGCCCCUCCAGAGCCCCCCCCAGAGCUGCCAGUGCGAGCCUCCACACCCCCACCCAACCCUCGGGUCCAGCAGCUACCCCCCUCUGUCCCAUUCCACCUCCCCCAGCCCUCUCUGCACGACCUGUCCCAGGACAAACUGACCCUGGACAGUGAGGACAUCCCCGAGGCUGACGAUCAGGAACCAGAACCGGCACCGGCCGCACCCGCUCCUGCAACUAAAAGCGGCCGACGGCCCUCCCUCCGACAGUCCAACAGCUCCUUCACCAAACCCCACCUGGACGCCCCCGGUGCUACCCCUGCCAAAGACGCCAGCAAUGCCAAGCCGGCCAAGACGGCGGGUGGUUCUGAGCUUCCUGCAGAGAUGUUUGCAGGUCUGGACGUGGACGGGCUGAAGCGGCGGUACCAGCAGCAGGCCCGCCUGGAAGACCUGCUGCAGAGGGAGCUGCACAUGCUUGGGGGGGACACAGACAACUUCCACACUGUUAAGGUGGUCCCGCCAGACGUGGAAACAACAAACCCGUCAGGAGGCUCAGAGCUGAAGCCCAUCCCAUUUCAGACGUAUUAUAGCCCGCUGCUGGUCUUCAGGUCCUACAGGUUCAGCCCAUACUACAGGACCAAGGAGAAGUUAUCUCUGAGCUCCGUCAGCUACAGCAAUGCCAUCCAAGCAAACAAGUGUUUCUGUCGCUUCGACCUGACGGGAACCUGCAACGACGACGGCUGCAAAUGGCAGCACAUGAGGAACUGCACUCUGAGUGGAAACCAGCUCUUCCAGGACAUCCUGUCGUAUAAUCUAUCUCUGAUUGGGUGUUCUGAAAAAAGCUCGGAUGAGGAAAUCUGCGCCGCCACAGAGAACUACCUGAAGAAGCUGUUUGGUCCAAACAAAGACCGUAUGGGCGUGGACCAGAAGGCCGUCCUCCUUGUCAGCAAAGUGAAUGAAAGCAAACGACACGUGCCUCCGUUCACCACCUGUAAGGACCCAAGAAGGUGGAAGCCAAAACCAUCAGCACCAAGCUCUGGCGGUCCGCAUGAUGACAGUGGAGAUGAGGCUGUACCUGAACACCUCACACCUACAGAUGACAUCUGUACAAUCAGCUCUUCAGCUGUGGACGUGUGCAUCACCUCUGAGGACCGCCGCUACUUUGUCAGCGAGACAGAUGACAUCUCCAACCUGGAGGCGAGCGUUCUGGAGAGUCCACGAGACACUCAGCUGUGGAUCAAACUGGCCUUCAGAUACCUGAACCAGAGCGAGACCUCUGCAGCAGAGUGUCUGGAAGCCGCUCUGAACACGCUGUCCCGAGCUCUGGAGAGUAACUGUGAAGACCCGGAGGUGUGGAGCCACUACCUGUCUCUGUUCUCCAGGAGAGGCAGCAGGGAGGAGGUGCAGGAGAUGUGUGAGAUGGCAGUGGAGCACGCCCCCGACUACCGGGUGUGGUGCAACUACCUGAACCUGGAGAACUCAUUUGAGGGGAAGGACUACGUGUGUGAGCGUCUGCUGCACUUUUUGUUGGUAGAGUCAUCGUUGGGAGUCACAGAGAAGCUGUCUUUCCAGCUGAUGGAGGCUCUGUUGUUUAGAGUUCAGCUUAAUCUGUUUACAGGCCGGAUGGAGAGCGCUCUGGCUCUCCUACAGAAUGCCUUGAAGUCAACUCAGGACUGGAGCAUCGCUGACCACCUGACAACCAGUGACCGUGCUCUGCUCUGGCUCUCCUACAUCCACCUGACGGAGUUCGACCGGCUGCCGUCCAGCCUGUAUGACCCAGCUGAGUCCGGCCCAGCACGACUGGUCAACAGAGAGUCCUUCAUGCUGCCGUGGAGGACGGCGCAGGACAUCAGCACACCACCCGACAUCCUCAUCGCUCUCUUCCAAGAUGCUGUCCAUCAGUGCAGCGAUGAGAGCAUGUCUGAGAGGGAGAGCACACUGGCCUGCAUGCCUCUGAACACCAACCUGAUCCUCCUCUACAAGCUGCUGCAGAGGUUCGAUGAGGCAGUAUCUCUGUGCUGUUCUCUUCUGGACUCAUGUCCCGACUUCUGCGUCCUGCGUGACGCUCUGGCUGAGCUCCAUCUCAGCAGAGGGAAGGCAGAGGUGGCAGUCAGCAUGUGGCUGCACGCUCUGGCAGAGUGUCCUCACAACGCUCAGGUGUUCUACCACUGCUGCAAGUUCCUCAUGACUCAGGACCAGUCCAGCGCCAUCCCGCCCCUGUUCCGAGGCUUCAUCCUCUCUCUCUGUGAAGGCGAGCAGAGGACUAGGACACCGGUGGAUGUCCUACGCCACAUCCUGGGGUUUUCCAGUGAGGCGGUUCUGAGUGGUCCGAUCAUCAAGGAGCAGCUUCAGGAGCAGCUAAAUCAGCAGAUGGCCUUCCUGCACCUGCUUCACUGUCGCUGGAUGUGGCUGCACGGCUCGGUGGAGGACGCAGUGGCAGCGUUUGAGCGAGCGCUGGGAUCCUCACUGCAGCUGCAGGAGCUCCACACGCUGUGGAUGGACUACCUGCUGUUCAGCUGCAGCCCGCAGGCCGGCUCCGUCUCCAGGAAGAUGUUCCCUGAACUGCUCCAGCGAUGUCUCAGCACGGUUCCAACCCGUCUGGAGCCUCCCUUCAACCCAGCAGAGUACUGGAGCUGUUACCGCUUCCACAACAAGGUGGUGGUUCUUUACCUGAAAAGUGUCCCACAGUCCCAACGUGCACUGGUUCUGGAGAGACUGCGAAACCUCAUGCCAAACAACACAGAGCUGAGCCUCAGGUUGCUGUAUCAGGACUGGGAGGACGGAAACAUGGAGCAGCUGAAGUUCCAGGCCCGGAUGCUGACCAGCAGCGCUCCGAAGUGUGUGUCCAGCUGGAGAAUAGCCGUCGCCGUGGAGAAAGAGCUGAAGGAGCGAGGUGAGAUGAGACUUCUGUAUCAGCAAGCCCUCCAAACCCUCCCUCUGUGUGCCGCCCUGUGGAAAGAUCGGCUGCUGUUUGAGGCAGCAGAGGGCGGAGCCUCGGACCGUUUGCAGCGGCUGGUGGACGUCUGUCAGCAGGCGGGGGUCAACGUGAGCAUCGGGGGAGUCGGCCUGUCUAUCGAUCUGUGAUCAAACUGAUAAUUGAACUGAUCAGAGAUGGAGGUGACGAGGUAAGGCGAACGCCCCCACCUCCUCCAGCCCCCCUCCCUCCUGCGGUGUGGGCGGAGCUGCUCGUGUCCGUAAGUAUCGACUGCUGAGUGCCGCCUUUACUCUUCAUCACCUUUCUUUAGUUGCUCACCUUUCAGUUGGAUUCAUUUCCCUCCCUUUUUGUUUUACUCACCUGAGGGGGUGGGGGCCUGAGGGAGGUGGGGCCGGUUAAUCUGACAGAUUGAUGUUGUUUGACCCCCCACCGUUUGUUUUUAAAGGAUGACCCCCCACACACACAUUUUCUGUUUGUGUCUAAAGGAAUCAGGACUUUUUAGUUUAACUGAUCAGAGAGCAGCUAUCAGGGUAUUGAUCGGGUAUCAGUGAAAUUUUCUGAUUGGCUGAAUGAGUGUGAGAGACACUGCCACAGAAACUGAGACACCGCGGGACGCUGCGGGACGCUGCCGGACUGCUCAUGUGCAAUCUGUUGUCAUGAUGAUGAAAGAGUAUUGAUCCAGAGGAGACUGUUGUCCUGCCGCUGUUGUUUUUCUAUGUGUUGAUUCAGAUGUUAUUAAAUUAUUUUCUAUAAACA